CAACGCUCCGCUUCCCCAGGUGUGCACUUUGGUGGAGCGGCCUGUAGAUGGCGCUUCGUUCAUGUGAAAAGCCAGCUAGGUCAGCAUCCACUGUGGACAAAGCAACGUCAGUCAUUAUAUUCGUGGACAAAGGCCAAAUGUGUGGAUAAAAUGUUGUACACCUACACUUCAAACACUUUUUAAAGCUAGAGUAGUUUUCUAUUCUCUAAAACUAACACUUAGUCAGCAGCUGCAACCUUGCGUUACCCUUUUACGCACGCGCGAUUCACCACUUCAGCCUUUUUUUCCUUCUAAUUUUUGAAACUUCAUUUUUAACCAAACAAACAUAACAAUCAGGGCCAUCUGAUACGGUAAUACGUUACCACAGACCGUGCAGCAUAGUUUAUAAUGCAGUUUUACCUUUAAACACUGACGGGAAAAAAGCUGUAACUGACUAAACAGCGCCCUCACCUGGCUAUACAGGUAGGACCUAUUCUCGCCCGUUUGCGUUUCCUGUAAUAGCCGUGUACGGAUCUAUUCUAACCCGUUUGUGUUUGCUAAUAGCCGUAUAUGUAAGGGUCACAUUAUUGUACAUUACGGAAAUUUUGUAAGUAUUUAUAAUGUGGAUACGAUCCUUAUCGUACGCCUGGCAACGCAGUGUCACUAAAUAAGCCACUUUUGUUUAAAGUUAGCUUGUUUACCAAAUACGGCAGUCGCUUCGACUAACUACGUCAUCAACCGUCGAUGCUCAACUGGUUUCCAAGUUUGACAAUGUAAGUUCAUUUUGAGACUCUACAUCAGUUAAAAGUUUCUUUAAAAUCCACGUGUUGUCGACAAUAUCGUUUAUGAUCGCUUUCAGUCGUUCUAUGAGCUGUAAGUUUUGAUAUAUUUUGCGUCACAGCCAGCCAACCUUUUCGCUAGCAUGUGCUGGCUAGCUGACGUUAACACUUGCCAAUUUGCAUAAUAACAUUUAAAUCCACGUAAUUUUAGGUGUCUUAUGGUGAAUAUUGUCAUUCAUUUAAGUCAUUGUAUUCCCAGAGCAGGUCAUUAUUUUGAAGGUAGAAAUCAAAGCCAUGUUCUUCCGGUGUCCCAGUGCGUUUUGUAUGUAAAAUCUUUAACAUACUGAUGUGCGAUACUACUGAUUUCGUUGCCGAUCUGAUACUGAAUAAAAUACAGGCUGGUACCGAUACUUUGUGUAAAUUCACCGAAAUUGUCUGGUGUGUAGUGCAGUGUAUUUCAUGUCAUACCAUCAAGAAUACAAUAUAUUUAAUUUAUUUAUUAAUUAAUGUUUAAUUAUGAAUUAAACAUAGUAAUUAACUCAUUAAUUUAAGGAAUUAAAACGCUGAAGUAUAUUGAGGUAGCGUGGUGAUUCACAGUAUAGCCAAGCUAAUAUACAACAACAGAAAAAACAGGACAAAAUCAUAAAACGUAUGUGAAAAUUGUAUUUUAAACAAUAAAAAAAGAAAACGAUUAAAAUUAAAAAAAAAUACAAUACCAAAAAAAAUUGUGCCGUUAAAUGAAAUUUCCAUUAACGCGUUAACUUUGACCAGCCUUAAAAAUAAACUAUGCUUUAAAAGUCAGAAUAUUAUGAAAAACCAAAAUAGACAAAAAAAAAAAACAUUUUUGGAAAAUUAGGUUGGGGAAAAGUUAUAAUAUUAUGGGAAUAAGGUCUAAAUAUUAUCGGAAUAAAGUGUUUUUAGCUGAAAACAUUGUUAGAGGUUGCUGUUCUCAGAGAAAGGGGCAAGGUGUUCCAUAGGCUGGGAGCUGCUGACUCAAAGGCCCGGCGGUCACCUUGUUUUGGUCAAUAUUGUGUCUAAUAAUCUCAUAUUUGGAGCAUGUUUUUCUGCAAAUAAUAUGGAGUAUAUUUAUUUUGACUAUGAAUGGCUCUUGAGACCGCCCUCUCCCGACUACUCAAUGUUUUGCAGCAACAUGGUAAGUAUAGAAAAUAAGUUUUUCUUUAAAAUGUUAACUGCAUGGUUGCAUACCCUGGCACAGCUUCCAGUGGAGGUAGACCAUCAGUUGUACCAGCAGCCCACAGACUGGUAGGAACAGGAGCAGACCUAACAGCCACAAAGGUAGAAAGCUGUCUGUCUCUGCAUCAGACACUCUCAUUGUCUCUCUCAGCAGCAGAGUCAGACCGGCCCACGGACCGCUCGGCACCUCCAUCACGCUCCUGUAGAACCCGAAACGCAAUGCUUGAUGUGUUAAAACUGUCACAAAAUAGAUGGCACUCUUAGCAAAGUAGUGACAACCAGUACUUUGGUCCUCCAUUUCACUUGAUGUAGUUUUUACAGUUGGUGCCCAAGUGCCUUGAAGUGUUCCCUGCUUCCUUAAGUUGUGUGCUUUCUUGGAUUCAUUCAUCCGUGUUGGCGUUUGUUCCUGUCAGCUUGCGUCUCUGAUUCAGCAAUACUUUUUUGUGUUGUUUGUUGGUGAACUUGAUGAGACUGACAGGUGUGAGUAUGAAAUUCGCUCUUUGCUUUUUUUCCCCCUCAUUUUUGCUGGGGGUGGGGGGUCUGUAUAUUUCAACUUUGUAAAUUUUCUUCUGGUAAUAUUAUGACUUUAUUCCUGUCAGGAAAGGGUUCGGGGUUGUGGGCUGAACUCUAAUAUGCAGACACCUAAAGAUGAGAGUUGAUUGAUGCUAAGUGGAAGGGGGAAUCCACGGAGGCUAGGGCAAGGACGCAGCAGCGGGGCCAAGCCGGAAAGAAGAUGACUCCCUCUCUAGAUGUUUGUUAACAAUCUGGUGUUUGUCUCCUCCUCUUGGUGGGAUGCCAUCAAGGAUGAUGCAACAAUGAUUCCACGUCAAAGCCAUCAAAGGUACUGGCGUAAAGGAAUGAAAGGCAGGCAAAAGGAGGAAGGGGAUGAAGGAAGGAUCUGGGGGGAUCCUGACAAUUCCCAUAAUAUCUUUUUCCCCCCAAGCUAGUUUUCCAAAAAUGACAACAUUUAUUUUGUUUUGUUUGUAUCCAACAAUCACAACUUUAAAAAAUAUGUGUUUUCUUUAAUAUUUCCACUCUAUGCUACUAUAGUAACAUUAUUUUUCCUCGUAAUAAACGAGUUUAUUCUCGUAAAAUUGCAUUUUUUUUUUCUCGUUAGAGUACAACUUUUUCUCAGUGUUUUGACUUUAUUCUUGUGAAAUUACAGCUGUUUUUUCCAUUUCUGCUGUAUUCAUUUUCCAACUAUUUUCCUUGGAAAUUGUCUUCUCGUAAUUAUGACUUUAUUCCCGUAAUACCAUAACUCUUCCCCCCCACCAAAUUUUCCAAAAAUUACAAUUUUAUUUUGUUUUGUUUGUUUCUGAUAAUAUUCGAACUUAAAAAAAUUUUUUUUCUUUAAUAUUUCAGCUUAAUGCUACAAAAAUUCUUUUGUUUUUUCUCAUAAUAGUUUGACUUUAUUCUUGUAACAUUAAUGCAGAUUUUUCAGUUUUUGCCGUUUUUUUUUUUAAAUGUUAUUGUUAAAUCAUAUUUUUAGAAUAUGCCUCGAGCCAAAAGAAAAACAGCCGCGGGCUGGAAGUGGACACCCCCUGCUCUACUGGAUACCUAUUCAACACUUAAUUUGCUCCGCUGCUUCGAUUAGCAGAAGUGGAAAAAAAGAAAAAUAAUAAUGGAUUAUUAUUUAUUUUUUUUUUAGCUUUUUAUUUUGGUUGAUAAGCUUCUCUCUUUUGUCUCUUGUUUUGACUUUUGUUCUUGUUGUACUGUUGUGUUAAAAAAAACAACCAAAAAAGACAUACAUGUACAUACUCACAUGAAGUGCUGCCAGCUGUUGUCACAGCGUUGUUGUGUAGAAGCCAAGGGCGGAGAAGCUCAUGCAUAGUUUCACUCUAUAGCCCACCUUUGGAGUCACUAUUGCAGCACUACAACCCUGUGAUUGCUAAGAAGAUUAGCCACGCUGGCAGACAGUGUGUGUUCAACUACAAAGGAGACAUCCAUGAUGGUGAUGAUGACGAGACUAAAGUGUGGACAGAAGGUUGGAGACACGGGCUUGGAGGGAGGAUGAUGAUGAUGCCAGGAGAUUUGACAGUGAGUGAGAGAGGCCAAAAGCUGUAGUCUCCGCAUGGAAGAGUAAGGAUGUGUGGGACCAAGACCGUAAUGCAUUCAUCUGUGUCACAGGCGUGGCUGUGUGAAAGGUAAAACCUAAUCCACUGUGACCAAAAGGUUUACUCAUCCCAAGAUGAUGAUGCUCACACUCUGAAGAGGGGUCAUUUCACCUGCAACAAAAAAGGCUUUUUAAAAAAGAAAUGUGAUGUGAAGAAGGCGGUGGCAGACGGUCAAGGUGAAAGGAAAAAAACAUAAAUAAAUGCGGAAAUGAAUUAGGUCACACUUUACCUCCAUCCAUUCCUUUCCUCUGCUGGUAUGAAAUAUGCUUGCCUAUUUAACGUGUUUCACUUUGCUGCACCAGCUGUUAGCAUCUUGAUAUGCACAUCUCUUCCUGUCAUACAAGCCAUCUUUGAUUAGCAUUUAUGCAGUAGAUCCUUAAAAACAGCAGAGCGUCCUUGUCGUAUAGAAUAUCUUUGACUUACUUCUUUGCAGUAGGUUCUUAAAAACAGCAGAACACUCCUAUCAUAUAGAAUAUCUUUGACUGACGUUUUUUCAGUACAUCCUUAAAUACGGUACAUUCUUUCAAGCAGUAACCCACUCUUGUUAUACAGAGAAUCUUUGAUUUGCAUUUUUGCAGUAGAUGCUUGAAAACAGCCCACUCCUACAUUCAACAGAGCUCUCCUAUCAUAUAGAGGAUGACUGACUAGAGCACAUUCUUAAAAGCAAUAACCUACUCUUGUUAUAUAGAGGAUCUUUUGCAGUAGAUCCUUAGCAACAACAGAACAUCCGUGUCAUAUAGAAUAUCAUUGACGAGUGUUUUUGCCGUACAUCCUUAAAAACAGUAGCCCGCUCCUGUUAUAUAGACGAUCUUUGGCUGGUGUUUUUGCAGCAAUGUGAUCCUGUCACAUCUAGAGUGUUUUUGCAUUAAAUCUUUAAAACAGCAGUGCCCCUGUCACAUAGGAUCUUUGACAAGUCUGCAAAAGUUGAAUUGAGGCAACUGGAAUUAGUUGUUUCUUAUGACUUGUGUUUUUAUUUUUUUGGUACAUCCUUGAAAACAGGCAAAUUCCUAAAAACAGAAGCACACCACUGCUAAAUACAGGAUCUUUGACCUGUGUCACCAUGGAGCGUCUUUCGUCCAAAUUUCUGACUUUAAGACUUUAUUUCUGAUUAAAUUAAUAGGUGCCCCCAGCUCCAAGACCUAGCAUGACUACACAACAAUAGCUUAUUGAUGCCAAUGUUCUCAGUAUGUUUGGUUUCCUUAUGGAAGCGCUGGCAGCGAUUACAACCUAUGAAAGUCUUCCCCAUCACUAAUGAUCCCUUAAAGAAUACAUUUAGGAUUAAACAGGUCACAGUGUCUGUAAUCCUUCCAUUCAUUAUAUGUCUGGGAGAAGCUUUGUAGAGGAGCCAUGGAGGAUUUUUCAAAAGCGAACUGGAGAAAUGCAGUGGCACGGGGAGCGGAAACGGGGGCAAAGAAGGGGUGAAACGGAGGCUUUGAAGUCAAAUCUUCAAGGCGUGAAUGGGCAAAGUGCAGACAGGGAUGUGAUGGAGCUAAUGGCAUGCAUGAACAAAUGGAAUAAGAAAUGUUGGACAGGGCGAUGACCACCAGACAUUAUUACUGUCACUAAAUAGGAACUACAACAUCCACUUACCAUCAUUUAGGAACAAAAAGAUAUUUUUUCCCCGUCUCGCCAUCACACAUUUGCACAAUGACUUUGUGUGUAGGCCGCUUGGUGUAUAAUUCAUGUGGCUUCAGAUCAAAUAUGCAUCACUUUGACCAGCGGAAAGGGAAUAUUGUGUUUGUUUCGCUCGCGUGACGUUGCCACUUGGCAGAAUACGCGUUAAAUGUGAGUGCUGAAGUGUUUUUUCUUUUGUGUGUAUGUGUGAACAUGCAUGACAUUCGGUAGGUUUGUUCUUCUUUUUGAAGAUGUAACUACCAAGGGUUUGUGCCAUGGUUCUGUGGGUCACCGGUGUUGAACGUAUGAAAUGUCAGAUUGUACUCUGCCACGGGGUAUGCUGUGUGCAACCUAUCUCAACUUGUGCGAGGUGAAACCCAAAAAGACAAUCCUUUGAUGUUUUUUUCCCGUUUUGUUCCUGUCCAUGAAAAAUUGCCAUGACACACAAGGGGUGGGAAACACUGUACUGCAAAUUACAAAAAUAAAUACAGUGGAACCUUGGUAAGCAUCCUUAAUUCGUUCCAGAAGGUCCGACUCUAACCGAAAGGGACGUUAACCGAAUCAAAUAUUGCAGUAAGAAGGGAUGCCAAUCCAAACAAUCCAUUCCAGAAAGCCAAAAAAUCUUAACACAAAACCUGUUUUUAUACUUUUACAAUUAUAGCUGGACUUGCUGAAUUGGAAAUCUAAAUACGUAUAAAAAUGGAUACAUGAACAUUUAAGGUUACUUUUACCUUCAGUGAAGACGUGAUUCUUGACGUUAGUGAAAACAGGAAGGUGUCGGUGGUUGAUCUCGCUGCCACAUCAAGUGUUUGGGAACAGUCUUCACUGAAGAUAAAAGCAACUUAAAUGUUCAUUGAUCCCUUUCAUUCAUCAUUUCUAUGCAUUUACAAUUGUUUUAUGCACGUAAAACUAUAAAAACAUGUUUUACGUUGAUAUUUGCGACAUAACUUCCAGUUCUAUAGCGAGCGAAUGGGAUGCUAACAAGGAAGGGUGUUUUGUGAUAAAGAUAAGACAAGCCCUUUAGCAGCUGGUAUUUUAGACAAUUUUGACUGAUCUUUCAAGGCACAUAGAAUAUUGUGUUGUAUGGCUAUAUAAACAUGGAACCUACCAAAAGAAAGAUUAGACUCCCGUCUUUCAUCAGAAAAAAUAUUUUUUGCUUUUGUGACUGCUCAAAUAUCUAAACAACUACACCAACAUAAACAACACAAAAAGGGGGUGCCUUACACCAAAAUAACAAUUUAUCUACAAAUACAACACCAUGAGCUAUUUACAAUUUUCACAUUUGGAACUGAACUACGUGUGUGCACGCGUGUGCAUGUGUGCAUGUGUUAAAAUGUCCCUACAAUGCGUAUCCUUCACGCUCUCCCACUUCCUCCUUUCUGUCAUGUGUGAUUCUUCCAUUGACAUGAUCCCUGCCGAGCUCUUAUCAAAUGCAGUUCUGCCACCUUGUGGCUUAAAUGUGUUCUGCACUGUUACUGCACGAGUGGAGAGUUGCAUCAUCAACUCUUUUUGCCUAUUGCGCAAAAAAACGUAAAAGACGUAUAAAUAAGUUGUUGUGAUAGGGCGUGCAGGGUUAUAAAAAUGUAUAAAUACGCCUUUGGUAUUGAAUGAGUUAACAACACAGCUGGACACACACAGUGUAUUUACAGUAUAAAGUAACAAGACGCGCGCCAUAUUGCACGCUAACCGGGGAAUGCACGCAAGCCGCAAAAUGGUGGUGUAAAUUUUCGACAUUAAACGAAAAACACGCGGAUGCCAACCGAGCUUCCACUGUAUAAGGCCAGCAUUGCCAAAACCUAUACUGAUAAUGUUAGAUACUUUUUACUUGAAGUUUUUCAAGUUCAUUGAAGGAGUUUGGGAUUUUGCCUUUUUUCGUGAUCCUGACUAUAAUCAGAAUCAAGAUUUUAGGCCAAAAAAAAUUACAAAUUUUAUCACCAAACAAUUUAACAAUGUAUAUAUGUAUACAACAAUAUAAGAUAAUGUAACAAUAUUAACCAAAUAAUGCAAUUGAGUAAGGCGACAAAGGGUCAUGUAAAUCCAGUUAAUCCAUUCCAGACACCCAAAAAUAUUAACUUAAAAUAACUUUUAUAUAGAAUAACUAUAUUUUUGCAAAAUAAUUAUAAGUGACAAGUGGUCUUUUUGUAAUAUCCUGGCCAGAUCGAAUUCAAUUUUGCUUCUCGCAUUCUUAAUAAAAUUGCUGGCACUUACAACCUUCUUUGGCCCCAUGGCAGGUUAUUUAGCAGUCACACUCAAUAAAAAAUGCGCGGACAGUGAGUCAGCAACGUGUAGGAUGCUUUGAAUAAACACGGUGAGGCUGCGUUUCAGUGCUGCCAAAAUCUGGAACAGUCCUCCAGAAGAUGUGCAACAAUUCACAACUUUGGCAAUAUUCAAAUCCAGGCUAUUCAACAGUGCAUAUGUGCAUAUGACAACUGGAAGUAUUUUAGCUGCACCAUUCAUUUAUUCUUUAUUUUCUUUUAUAGAAUGAUUUAUGGAAUUUUAUGGAAUGAUUUUAGAAUGAUUUUAUGUUUUUAUGGAAUGAUCUCUGGGUCGGGGAUGAGAUGGUGCCCCAAGUGGAGGAGUUUUAGGUACCUCAGAGUCUUGUUCACGAGUGAGGGAAGGAUGGAACAUGAGAUCGACAAGCGAAUUGGUGCGGCGACUGUACUCUACUGUACUGUACUCUACAUUGGUCUGUUGUGGUGAAGAGAGAGCUAAGCCGAAAGGCAAACUCUCAAUUUACCAGUUGAUCUACGUUCCUACCCUCAGCUAUGGUCAUGAGCUUUGGGUAAUGACCGAAAGGACAAGAUCGCGGGUACAAGCGGUCGAAAUUAGUUUUCUCCGUAGGUUGGCUGGGCUCUCCCUUAGAGAUAAGGUGAGAAGCUCUGUCAUCCGGGAGAGACGGAGUAGAACCGAUACUCCUCCGCAUUGAGAGGAGCCAGAUGAGGUGGCUUUGGCAUCUGGUCAUGAUGCCUCCCUGGGGAGGUGUUCAGGGCAAGUCCGACUGGUAGAAGGCCUCGGGGAAGACCCAGGACACGUUGUAGAGACUAUGUCUCCCAACUGGCCUGGGAACGCCUCGGGAUCCACCGGGAGGAGCUGGACGAAGUGGCCGGGGAAAGGAAAAUCUGGGCGUCCCUGCUUAGGCUGCUGCCCCCGCGACCCGAUCUCGGAUAAGCAGUAGAAGAUGGAUGGAUUUUAUGAAGUAAUUUAAACCUUCUUUUCUGUAAAGCACCUUGAAUUGCCCUGCAUAUAAACUGUGCUCUAUAAAUAAACUUGCCUUGCCUUUUUGGCCACUCGAUUUUGCGUAACGAUACCAUGCAGGGGCAAGCGGAUUCAUACGGAAACAAAGGCUAUGUUUUAGCAAAAUUUUCAGACAAAAAAUAACUCGUAUGAAAACUGGGGCGUACAAAAAGCGAGGUUUGUCCUGUAGUGCAAAACUAACUAACUAACUUUUUCUUUGUAAACAAUGUAUAUAAAUAUAAUAUUAACAAUGUAACACAACAAAAAGUAAUGGAUAUUUGUGAAAAUAAACACAAACGAGAACUGAAAAAUAUUGAUCUCAUCACCUUAGUAUUGAUUGGAUACUGAUACUACCCUAUUGCUAUUUGGAUCGAUCCGCCCAUCUCGACUCUGUGCAAUUUUUCUGUCUCAACAUUUCAUCAAAAAAGACACUCCUUUGGUGUGUUCUUGUUAUGUUCCAGUUCAUGGCAGCAAUAUACAAGCACUGCCAUUUUAUCUGACAUUAUCUCGCCGAGAAACAUCACACAAAGCCUCUAAUGGAGGCCGAAAAAAAUUAAAAUCAAUGCAAGACGUGCCCAGAGGUCACUCCUUGCAGCCGAGCUAAUUUAAUUGGCUCGUAAUAAGAGAUGAAGGAUGCGUCUACUUGAUUGGGUGAGUGGGCAGAUGAUGCCUGCGACCGCAGGAUUAGCGGUAGAAGGGAGGCGUUGGAAGUUUUAACACGCACAGAUGCAUUUUCACUCACUUGUAUACAACCUACAGUUUGUGCUUGUGUGUGCUGUUGUAUUGUUGUGAAGCUGCCUGACCUCUGCCGAUGCCACACUGCUGCAUUUAUCGGCCCUUUUUUGUAAUGUAAUUCCAAGCAUUAUACUGUCAAGUCAACUCCCAGUGAAGCAGCAUGUCUUCCAGCUCACCGCUUCUUGUUGGAGCUGGAGUCUCGUGUCUUGUAUAACAAAGCAGACAUAAUGCAGGGAGAAGAGAAGGCAAGUGGGAGAGAAGAGAAGCGAGAGGAUCACAGACCUACAGGAGGGAGAGAGCGAGACAGAGGUAGUUGGUAAUUGAAAGGGAGACAAGAGAAUGGGAGGAUGAACUCGCCGACAGAGUUGGAGAAAAUGAGCAAGCAGGGGUGCCUCAUGAGAGCAGAAGACAUGCUUGCAUGGUCCAUAGACAUCCUGCUUCUCAUUACGUCGACAUCUGGGCUGAAGGGUCACAAGUUGCCUCCAAUUCUGCACACAGCACAGCAUAUCAUGCACAUCUUUAAUAAAGAACCUUACUUAUCAGUCAAAUAGGUGUUAGAGGUGCCACAAUAGCGUAUUGGAAGUGUGUUAGCCUUAAUGCUGGAAUUUAGACAGCUUAACAGUGCUUUUAGUAAGAACACUUUUCCGUAGUUUUAAUGCUAAUGGUUAUGGUUUCAUUUUAUUUGAACAUGCACGCAAGUUACAAUGGAAAACAUCACACAACAUUCAGUUCACAGUUCCACAUGUCCAAAAGGAGUAGGAGGAAUCAAAGCUUAUUUAAUCCUACCCCCCAUCCAUUACACAUCUUGUGCAGUACAUUUUAUUCACUUCCUGUAUUCCAUAUGUGAUUUUUUAAUACACAGAAUAAUAAGGUAAUAUAAUAAUAUGAUGAUGCAAUUGUUAAGAUUUUUUUCACAAUAAAUAUAAUAAUCAGUAGAAUAAUAAAUAAAUAAUAAUAGAGACAAGCAUAACAAAACAAAUUCAAGACUAUUCUUCCUUGUAUUUUGCAAACAUCAAAUGCUUGUAUUGUAUUUCUAAUUUGCUCAUCUUGGUGCAUUGUUGAGUUCCUUGCUCAAUCCGUUCCAUAAUUUAAUUCCACCUACUGAAAUGCUGCGGGUUUUUAGCGUUGUUCUUGCAUAUAAGUGUUUUAAGUUUAGUUUUUCCCUAAGAUCAUAUUUCUCCUCUCUUGUAGAAAAGUAUUGUAUGACAUUUUUGGGUAGCAGGUGAUUGUUAGCUUUAUGCAUUACUUUAGCGGUUUGAAAAUGUACUAAAUCAGCUAAUUUUAAUAUUUGUGAUUUUAAAAAUAAGGGAUUUGUUUGUUCUCUAUGCGCGGCAUUAUGGAUUAUCCUCACUGAUCUUCUUUGCAGUACAUUUAGUGAGUGAAGAUUGCUUUUCUAGUUAUUACCCCUUAUCUCCACACAAUAAGUUAGAUAUGGUAAUACCAGAGAACAGUACAGAUUGUGGAGUGAUUUUUGAUCAGGAACAAAUUUUGUUUUAUUCAAUAUUGAAGUAUUUCUCGGCACCUUAUAUUGUAUAUUUUUGAUGUGAGAUUUUCAGCUCAUUUUUUCAUCUAUUAUGAUCCCCAGAAAUGUAUUUUUGUUCACCCUUUCAAUAUCCACUCCGUCUAUUUGUAUUUGGUCGUACGUGUCCUUUCUAUUUCUCUUUCUAUAUAUAUUUCCGCUAUUUUCAAAUAGCAUUGUUUUAGUUUUACUUAAGUUCAAGGAUAAUCUGUUUUUAUCAAGACAUCUUUUUAAUAUAGCCAUUUUAUCUGUGAGCUGUGUAAUGAGCUGUGUUUGUCCAUGAGAGUGUGUGUCUCCAAGAAGCGCGAUGGUAUACCACUUUUUACAUGUAGGAGAGAGUGGAACCUUGGUUAGCGUCAUUCAUUUGUCCCAGAAGUUUUGAUUCAAACCGAAACGGACGUUCCAUCUUUUCCAUAAGAAAUCAUGUAAAUCCAAUUACAGUUGUCCCUAGUUUAUAGCGGUUGAUUGGUUCCAGUCCGGACAAUUUUUAAUCAUUUGAUAGCCACAAUUUAAAUAUGUAUUAUAUUUUUAGCCUUGAUUACAACAUUUAAAAACAUCUGAAAAGAGAGAAAAGAAAAAAAACAAAAAACAUCUAAAAAAUAUCAAUAUCAAUAUUGCACCCAAUUUUUCAGUGUCUUCAAGGUUGGCAGAUGUGAAGAAGCCUCCAUCUUGCACUCCAUCUCACAAGGCGCCCCUCCACGAGCGAGGCAUAACAACAUGGGAGCAUCCCCCAUCAUCUCUAUAUUUAGAUCUGAACGCAUUCCAUAAUAUAUUCAUGCAACGUCCCUUUAUUUAAUCCCCGUCGCUAUGUGGGGGGAACCGGUGUGCAUCACAUACAUGAAUUGUGUUGACCUUUCCUGACAUGUCCAUCCUGCAGUUUUGCACAUGCGAGUGACAUAAACUUUUCCUCCAUGGGCAGGCUGCCAUGGCAACUAGUCUGGCACGCCCACUGAUGCCCCGUGGCCAUGCAAACACACACACACACACUCUGGAAUUGUCACUGCCUGGGUCUUCCACCCAUGUGGCAGUGACAGUGACUUUUCUGUUCGAGUUGGUGCAAAGUGAUGAGAAGUGUCGUCAGUGUGUUGCAUGAGGCGCUUGCAGUGAAUUAAAAUCACUUACAGAUGCCCGUGUGGCUAUUUAUGGCCGUCAUUAAAUCAGCCUUCAUAAAUUACACUUGUUUGGUUUUUAAUCCUCCCCGUGCUCAGCUAAAUGUUCAGCCAUUGCAGCGCCGUUUGUCUACACCGUUUUUAAGUCAAUCAAAGUACAAAAUGUGCCGCUAUUUCACACAGAGGAGACUGUGGACAGCAAUAAAACAGAAGUCUGUAGUAAAGUGGAGACUAUGGGCUAUAUAAUACUGGAAUGUCCAGAGCUGAGGCACAGAAACAGGGUUAGUGUGCGUUUAUCACCCUUGCUUUUGAUCAAGCUGUGAAAAAGUGGCUCCGUUAUGCGAACAGGAGGUUUUAUGCAUGAAAAUGAAUAAUAAAGUGUGUGUCUGCUAUUAUAGGAGGUAAAACUAAACAACUUUUAAGCCUGUGACAUCCUGACUGUAGAUAAUGCAGGGUUUUUAUUAAAUGCUGGUAUUGAACAGCAUUAAAUGAGUCCUAAUGUUUUGGUAUUAUCAUUGAAAUAUCAUUGAAACCACAAUGAUUUUUAGUUACCGGUAAGUUGAAAUUUCAACAUUGUUUCAGUCAGUUAGAUUGCUGUGACCCCUAUGUCACUCACAACCACUAGGGGGCAUAUUUGCAUGGUUUCCGGGCAUAGCUAGGCAACAGCCAGCUUGUAGCCUUGUUUCUGUCUUUGCCGUUUUAGCUUCAUCCCUUGCCCACUCUGCUGACAAGGUGGCGCACUUGGAAUACUAACACAGCUCCAUCACGCCGCGUGGCCAUAAUCUUUGCAGCAGUGUUGUACCACACUUCACCGCAUUAAUUCACUCCCUAGCUUUGCUGAUGCCAGAAGUAAUUAGCUUGUUUUUUAGCGCAUCAUGUCAGCCAGCUGCCCACACCUCCUGCCGUUGUCGUGUGCGGGGAAGGGGCGCGCAGCGCACAAUAAAGCACCGCGUGAUUACCUGGAGAGAUGAAAGAAAUAAAAAUCAAUUCUCGCGGUUCACACUGGGGAGGUCUCACCUGUAUCCCGGGUCUUCAAAGUCAAUCCUUUUUUCUAUUAAGGUGUCUAUAAAUAUGUGAUCCGUUGGGAUUUACAGUUUCUUCUGUUUAUAAAAACCCUCACAGAAGUACUGUAGUACUGUAGCUGCUUAUGCCUUUGUUGACAAAUCACUGAUUAUUGGCUCAUAAUGCAAGUCAAAGAUUCUCUUUGUGACGGAGCGCCCUGCUGUUUUUAAGAAUCUUCUGCAAAAAAAAAAAACUCAUCAAAAAUCCUCUAUGACAGAAAUGCUCUGCUGUUUUUUAGCAUCUUCUGUCAAAAAAAUGCUUGUCAAAGUUAAUCUAUAUGACACAAACGCUCUGCUGUUUUUAAGCAUCUUCUGCCAAAAAAAUGCUUGUCAAAGGUCAUCUAUGUGGCAGAGAUGCUCUGCUGUUUUUAAACAUCUAUUGCAAAACAAAUGCUCGUCAAAGAUCCUUUGUAUGACAGGAAUUCUCUGCUGUUUUUAAGAUUCUACCGUAAAAACUAGUUCUCAACAUGACGGGAGUGCUUUGCUGUUUUUAAGGACCGACUGCAAAAACAUUACUACACAACGACCCUUUAUAUGACAGGAACAUUCUGCUGUUUUUAAGUAUCUACUGCAAAAAAAAGGCUCAUCAAAGAUCAUCUAUGUGACAGGAGUGCAAUGUGUUUUUUAAGAAUCUACUUUAAAAAACAUUAAAGCUCUAUACUGUAUGACAGGAAUGCUGUGCUGUUUUUAAGAAUGUACUCCACAAAAACACUAGUCAAAGAUCUUAUAUGGGAGAGGAACACUCCCACACGCUGUUUUUAAGAGGUUCUUACAAAAAUGGUAGUAUUUCCAAAUUCUCUUCAUGACAUGAGUGAUUUGCUGUUUUUUAAAACCUACUGUAAAAACAUAAAGAAAACAAAACGCUCAUGAAAGAUUGUCUAUGUGACAGGAAUGCUCUGCUGAUUUUAAAAUGUAAUGCAGAAAAAAAAUGCUUGUCCAAGAUCCUCUAUAUGACAGGAACACACCGCUGUUUUUAAGAAGUGUUUUUCCACAUCCUCUUCAUAACAGGAACUGCUGUUUUGGGGAGUCUACUGCAAAAACUAGUUAAAGAUCCUCUGCUUUGCUGUUUUUAAGGACCUACUGCAAAAACACGAGUAAACCUUCUAUAUGACAGGAACAUUCUGCUGUAUUUAAGUAUCUACUGCAACAAAUGUUUGCCAAAAAUCAUCUGUGUGACAGGAACACGCUACUGUUUUUAGGAAUCUACUCCAAAAAAAACGCUUGUCAAAGAUCCUCUAUGUGACAGGAACACUGCUGUUUUAAGAAGUUCUUGCAAAAAUGGUAGUUCUUCCAAAUCCUCUUUAUGACAGGAUUACUUUAACGUUUUGAAAAAUCUACUGGAAACAAAAAAGCUCAUCAGAGACCCUCUAUAUGACAGGAACGCUCUGCUGUUUUUAAAAAUCUACUGCAAAAAAAAUGUUUGUCAACGAUCCUGUGUGUGAUGAGAACGUCUGCUGUUUUUAUGAAUCUACUGCAACAAACCGCUCAUUCAGAAUGGACUGCAAAAAAACCCCCACAGACACACAAACGCUUGUCAAAGAUUUUCUAUAUGACAGGAACGCUGUCUUUUUCACGUUGUGUUCUACUUGGACCGCAUUAUUACUCGGCCAUCUGUGUUAGGAUGAUGUGCGUAGCAACCAGAGCAUGGUUACAAGAAGGAACUAGCAAGUUCUUCAGCAAGCUCAACUGUGAGGCAUGACUUUUUCAUGUAACAAUGGUAGUACUACUACGUAGUAGCAGAUUCUUCACUAUUCAGUCACUGAAUGAAAUAAGUCUUUCAGAACCUGUUCCCCCGGUUACACCUGACGACAACACCGCGUCACCGUCUGCUUCUGAAGUGUGUGCACGUAUUUCAUGCUUUAGUGUGUGUGUCGUAUCACGCACAGCUGAGUGAUGAUUAAUGAUGACUCACCCAGUCCUUUGCUCUUAUGUAGAAUUCAUGGAAGUAGGAGGAGGAAGUACUAAGGAAGCAGUGUUGUGUUUGUGCGUAGUGUCCAUCCAGCAAGACAGGUGUCCAUGAAAAACUGUUUUAUUCAAGACAUCAACUGUCCAAUAAGCUCAUUCUUGCACCUCUUGUGCUUCUAACUGAGGACUAUUUAAACUGUUAACAGCAUUCAUGGGUGUCACUGAAUGGAAGACAUACAGAAUUGUCGCUGACAAAACAACAUUGGAUGGAACAGAAGAGGAAAAAGCACUUUUUGCAAACACAACCUUGUCUCUAAAUGUAGAUUCUUAUGAGAGAAUGAAAUAUAAAACAAUGCGCACACGUUAUCCACCUAUUUCACAAUUGCGUUGCUAAAAAAACAACCUGAAUUACUGUGCCAUGGAUUAUUUGGAGUCUUUAUAUUUUAUUUCUGUGAUGAAAUGUGUCAGCUGUCAUGAAGACGCUGCGAUUGUGCCGUGCCCUGGCCCCCUCUUCCAAUCAUGCCAAACUCUCACAUUAGCUGGACAUGCCGGACUGUAGGUGUGAAGUGGGCCCAUGCACGGUACAAUUCGCCUAGUUUCCAUGGGAAAUCCAUCUCCUUCUGCUGAUCCGAGGUCAGGUCGCAGGGGUAACAGCCUAAGCAGGGUACCCCAGACUUCCCUCUCCCCAGCUACAUUGUCCAGCUCCUCCCGUCAGAUCCAGAGGCGUUCCCAGGCCAGUUGAGAGACAUGGUCUCUCCAACAUGUCUUGGGUCUUCCCCGAGGCCUCCUAUCGGUUGGACGUGCCCAUAACACCUCCCCAGAUGCCCGAGCCACCACAUCUGGCUCCACUCAAUGCGGAGGAGCAGAGGCUCUACUCUGAGUUUCUUCCGGUUGACACGGCUUCUCAGCCCAACCACCCUACGGAGAAAACUCAUUUCAGCCGCUUGUACCUGUGAUCGUGUCCUUUCGGUCACUACCCAACGCUCACGACCGUAGGUGAGGGUAGGAACGUACGACCAGUAAAUUGAGAGCUUUGCCUUUUGGUUCAGCUCCCUCUUCACCACCAGGGACCGAUGCAGAGUCCGCACCAAUCCGCCUGUUGAUCCCGCGUUCCAUCCUUCCCUCACCCGUGAACACCAAGGUACUUAAACUCCUCCACUUGGGGCAGGAUCUCAUCCCCGACCUGGAGAGUCCAUAUGUGCACUCGGCACCAGGGCACCCUGGGCCGCAGUUCGAUGAUCGACUUCAUGUUCAUUUAAUCGGACUUGGCCAUAUGUUUUGGCCACUCGGGUGACGAGAUGGCCGCAGCUGUCAACCGAUCACCACCCGGUGGUGAGUUGACGGCAUUCUCUCGUUGCUGUAUUUUUACCAUCAAUGAAAAAAUGGCUAUCAAUGAAAAUCCCUUGUUUCUCCUGUUUUCGCCUAUAUUUCCCAUAUUUUGAAACACAAAUGCUGCCCUGAAGGUUCUUUGACGGUGCCGAUCCUAAAUAAAGUUGCUGGGCUUUGGAGGAGUGCUAGUUUUCCUCAAUUCUGGUGAAGAGACCUAGCUUAAAAAACAACUUCCACUGACCUUGCUGGAAUAACAGCUGCCACCUUUUAUUGAAUAACACCACAAAAAAAGCUACUUUUAAAGCCUUUUGUGGCAGAAUCACAUUGACCCAAAAACCUUGUGCCCUGCUUGUGUUCCUGUCAAAACUGUUCUCCAGCUCUCCUUUCAAGCAUCUUUUAGUUGCUUCCCUGCAAAGUGCAGCUUGUCGCAAAAAGCCCACCAUUGGCUUUACAAACAAGCACAAAACCAACUUCUUUGAACCCCUCAGAACCGGGUCUCAGAGCUUCCCCUCUUCAGCGCGCCACCGCUCGACUCAUCGUGCUCGAAGCUCAGAUUGUUGUGCGACCUCGAUAUCAUGAGCAGCUUCUCACGCUUGCUGUAGUCUUGCUUGGCCGCGGCAGGCGGCGCCACAUCCAAGAGGCGCUCCCCGUGGUCCUCUCUGUCCUCCAGCCGGGUGUAGCCCUUGGCGAUGCUGCGGCUGCUGUUGCUGCGGUCCAGGCGGGGCCAGCUGGGGUGCUUGCGCUGCUCCCGGUGCACGCUGAGCAUGCUGGGCCUGCGCUCCAGGUCCAGAGACUUGGAGUGGCUGCUGAGCAUGUGCAGGGAUGAGUUGGAGCCAAAGUCGGCUCUGGCUGAUCCAGGGGACAGCCAGCAGCCCGAGGUAGAGGACGGAGCUGGCGACAAGGAGGAUGAGGACACUGACGAGCGGGGGGAGGAGGAUGAUGAGGAGUAUGCGGAAUUGCUCCGGUGCAAGCCCGGUGGUUUGGAGGCCUUAGCAACAGACGCCACCGGAACCGCCAGAGACUCCAUGGCGCUGAGAGGUUGUGACCUCUUGCCGUCUCUCCUGUGUCCUCCUCUCUCCUCCUCAGUAAUGGCCUCCAUCUCCGGCUCAUCGAUGACGCAGUUGUUAAGUUUAAUAACAGGGAGUGUAAAUGCCGAGAUGGAGGAGGACACUAUGGAGCGCGCGUGGUGUCCUCCCUUCUCGCUGUCCCCGUCCACUGACCACUGGGGGCGCACCGAGUCUGAGGGACCCAACCCAGGGAAAGCCCGAUCCUUGUAGAGCGGCGCCAACAGCCCUGCGAAGCUGUAGUCCAACUUGAUCUGCUCCUUCUGCUGGUCGACCUCCUCAUCCCCAAGCAGUACCUCCUCCUCCAUAGAGACCCCUCCAGCUCCAGCCCAAGAGGGAAAGUCCAGGAGCGGGUUGUACUCGGCGCCGAAGGCUCGGAGAUCUUCUCUUGCAUAGAUGUUGUUGUUCUGGAGGUGCUGCUUGUGCUCCCUUUGCCGCAGGCGAUGGAUGUCUAUGACUGUGGAGUACAUGUCUCGCAUGUGGAUGAUCUGCAGCACAACACAGCAAGAUUAAGAAUAGAAAGGCAAAAGCUGAGGCUCGGCUUGUGAUAAAGUUUGGUUACAGAGGACUAGGAAAGUAAGUCUUGCAACAACCACUCCCAAUGCGCUAAAUUUGCCAGUCGCAGGAACCUCACUCCAUUUAAGACUCAAGGCAAAUGUUGUGCCCAGCCCAAACGUAAUGCACUUUUGUGACUGAGGUGUUUGUCGUGCGGAUUCCCUGGAAGGCUGCACAUUGGGAGGAGUUGGGAAGGAUUUACGGAUGGAGGUUGGAAGCACUGGAAAUCACAUGUUGCACACUUAGACGAAAUGAGCAUGAAUGAGUGUAGACGGACCAAAUGAGAGGCAGGUAGUUUCAGUGGAUCUCAAGCCCACCUUUGUCUCUCUGUCUCUGUUUUCAUGGAGAAUAGCGUUUGCGCAGAUGAAGAUAAAAAUCCCAAUUCCCAUCGUGAAGGGCCCAAGCAUCUUCAUCCUCUCAGAGUGACGAUGUUGCUCCAGGAACCGCGUCAGAGCGCCCCCCGGUUGCUUGGAAGCCGAACCUGCAUGCAGACAAUGAGUCAUCCUCUUAACAUUUUGUAAAAAACAAAACAAAAAAAAACCUGUGAAUCAAAUUACCUUCCACAUUUCGACUUGUGCUGGAGUUCCCUGUGGCGUCAUCUGCUGCAGCAGCCACGCUGGCGCCGCUCGCAUCUCCCCAGGCGGACACUUUGGCUCCCCCGUCAGCUUGGGCCUUAGAUCCUCCUCCAGGCGAGGACUGACCUGAGGAUGAGCUUUCACUUUGUGGCCAGUAGCCCAGUGUGGCCAUGCCAAUCCCUACUGCCAGGAUCACCAGGCCCAAGAGCAGGAAAAACCCUGAUGCAGAGUAGAGGCGGAGCCUGCCGCGCACAAUAACAACGUCCGCACGGCGCUUACGUUUCCUAUAGAAAUAAUAUGAAAGAGACACAACAUCAAUAGCUUUACAGUAGAUAGGCUGGAAGUCCAUAAAUACCUCGGAGCACCCUCUGAGGCAGCAUUGCCAAGGCCCGCUGAUGUUGGCGGUAUGGGCCGUUGCUGAGAGCGGGCGGAGUCUUGGCGCUUUAGCUUUGCCAAGCCUGUCAGCACACCCGCUGCAGCUGUCAUACUUAACCUGGACAGACACAUGGGAAAAAAAGCACAAGGUAGUGAGCUUGCUUCAUCUAUUCCUAGGCCACCUUGACACUUUUGCCUCCGCUUUGUCCCGCAAUUCGUGGCAGUGCAUUUAGAUGGUUUGUGCACUGAGCGUUUGCACGGAAUGCCACGCUGCAGGUACCGUAUAUAUUUAGUGUAUGACAAAGUACGCACAACACGCAUUGUUCCCGCAUGGGUAUGCAUUGCCACCACCACUUCCUGCAUUCGUGAAGCAGUCGUGGAAUUAUUUGCUCCCGCUGACGCCAAGCUAUAGCAGGCAUCAUCCCUAGCUUCAUUAAUCAUCAUUUAAAAGCUCUUGACCUAGUUAUGCCCAUAUAAUAGUCUCUUUCAACAACUUAAAAGACAUGUGAGAGGUUGCACAAUGGAAGUAUGAUCUAGUCUUGAUACUGAAAUUUAGACAAGUUUAAUAGUGCUUUUAGUAAGCCGUCCUGGAAACACACACAAAAACCUUCUGGUUUUGUGUGUCUGUAGCUUUAAUGCUAAUGAGCUGUGUAUGUCUACGCCUCACAAUUUAACAGCAACAUCAUGCUAGGUCAGCCUGUUCACUGAUGAAAAACAACAUGGUCAAACUUACAACUUUCGCAUCUGUCGCUGACUGACGGAGAGUUGGCAGAAUUUUAUUUUGAAACGUGUAGCGAAGCCUGGGGAAGGAGGUUUUAGAUAUAUACACAUUACGUGCUAACAUGACAUGACAUCAUGCUAGGUUAGCCUAUUUGCUAAAACAACCUGCUCCCACGUCUGUAGCUGCUAGAUGGAUAGUUGGCAAUGCUCCAGCCUGCAUUGAAGUUGUGUAGAGAAGCCUGAGGAAGGAGUAUUUUUUCCAAAGCGAGUGUUUGAGCGUCUCUUCUCUCAAAAGCGGAGCAAACAAGUGAGGGAGAUGAUAGAUUUUUCUCAGGUUUGGUGGUCAUAAACGUAGUAGUAGUAGUUAGGGGCGUCGCAAGACCUCUUGUCACAAGAUCUUGCAAGAUUAAAAUGUGACAAGAUUUCUCGUUCAGAAAAAAUAAUUGUCUUGAGGUCUUCAUAAAUUCAUGAAUAACACAAGAAAUCAGUGGCUCUCAAUUAUUUUCUCUGAACACUGAAAUGACUCCUGGCCUCGCACGCUCUCCCCCUGACAGUUUGACGGCCCCACUGUUUGAGAAGCAUUGCAUCAAUAUUCCAUCAAUAUAUUGUGCAUGUUGCAUGCAUGUCUGUCUUCCUCGUCUCUCGCCCCCAAACAGACAGGAAGAGAGUUCACUCUGUGCAUUACUUUCAGCACCUUGACGUAUUUGUUCCAUAGAACGACAGCAUGAACAGGGUGGGCCCUUUUGUCAGACAUACAGUCUCUUUGUCUCGGUGCACAAGAGUGUAAUGUAGGAGUUGUACUUCUCUUAAAAGUCAAGUUACAAUGUUGUAUCAUCUGGUUUUCGUAGACCCAAUUUUGUGUAUCGUCUCGUCUCAUGAACUGAGUGUCUCGGGACACCCCUAUUCAAAAGUGCUUUUAGGAAGCCCGACUGGGAACACGCAGUUUUGUGUGUCUGUAGCUUUAAUGCUAAUGAACUGUUUGUCCACGCCUCACAAUUUAACAGCAACACAUGCUAGGUUAGCCAUCAAACUUACAACUUUUGCAUUUGUCGCUGACUGACGGAUACUGUAGUUGGCAGAACUUUAUUUUGAGACGCGUAGCGAAGUCUCAGGAAGGAGGUUUUACAUUCAAGAUGUCAGGAAAACUACACUGCUAACACGAGAGUGACGUUUUUCCAGUAACCUCGUGCUAGGUUAGCCUGUUUGCUGCAAGAAAAACAACCUGAUCAAACUUACAGAACCCAUGUCUCUACAGUAGCUGCAUUUUAAGUUGUGUAGCGAAGCCUGAGGAAGGCGUAUUUUUUCAUUUUUUUGAGUGUCUCUCCUCUCAAGGUGGAGCAAACUAGUGAGGGAGAUGAUAGACUUCUCAGGUUUGGUGCUCAUAAAUGUAGUAGUAGUAGUAGUAGUAGUAGUAAUGGUACAUGUAUAUGCUAAUUGUUUUAUACAAAGCAACAUGACAAGACAUAUACGGAAACAGAGCAUCAGUUUAUUGAUUGUUUACAUAUUUAUCGUGGUCGUAAAGCGCAGCGCUGCAAUCUUAACAUUGCAUUCCAGUGAAUCAUCACCAGCUGCCCUCAUCUGGUCUAUGAAUAGUUAUUCAAAUGACGGAGGGCUUAAAAACAAACGUGUCUAUUUUGAGGACGUCCUUCAUUUGGGUUUAAAUGCUUGUUUAAUCUCAGAUGGCAUGAACAUUAGCAUUGUCCCUUUUGAAGCGCUAAGAAGAUUAGAGCGACCGGAGCUGGCGUCCAACAACCAGGGUGACCAUUUUGGUUCCCACUUUCCCCUUGCAGGGAUGAGAUGAUGUGCAUUGGAGGCUUCAAAGAGUGAACACAUGUGACCGUCAUCUGUCAAUGUUGUGGUCUUUUCUUUUCUGCUUGGAACUUUUCCAUUCUAUUCCACUUUAUCCUCCCUGCUGACUAUAAGCAGAGAUAUUUUUAAUCUCUCUCAAAUGUAAUUAGUGUUCUUGUUGUCACUUUACCUUCCUUUCACAUUUACGAAUCAGACAAAGCAACUGGGAGUUGCACAAAAGACCAAAUAUUUCCUCCUCCCACCAGCUCUCACGUCUCCGUCUCGCAUUUUAAUGCCUUUUCCAUGUCAAUCAUCUCGAUGGUAAAAAGGCUUUGCCACAGAUGUUUUCUUUUCCUCUGGAGUCAAGUAUGCUUCAAAAAAAGGGAGUUCGUUUGUAUUGUACAGUGCAGCACCUUUACUUUUAAGGACUGGGAGCACAAAACGUCUCCAUUACAGGAACAGUAAAAAAAGUGGGUGUGAUGAAAAAACAAGUCAAGUGCAUGUCAACUUUAGGUGUCUGGAAGAGCUGUCGUAACACGUAGCAGACGCCUGACAAGACACCACUCAAACCAAAGCAUCACGCUCACUAACUAGGAGCGCUCAACACGGUAUAAACUAAACGGGAACACUCCUGAGAUUUUGUUUUUUUGGCAGAUUGAAAACACCCGCGUCCAGUAAAUAGUGGCAUCCAUUACAUACGAUGUAAUACAGGGGUGUCCAAAGUGUAAAUGGCCCCUCGCUGUUUUGUUUAAUGAUCCGCAACACAUUCUAAAAUAUAAUCUAACACAAAAAAAUCAGUCGUGAUUUUACAAGAAUAAAAUCCAAAUAUUAAGAGAAAAAACUUUGAAUCUUAUGAGGAAAAAGUCGUAAUUUUUGGAGAAUAACGUAAUGUUAUGAGGAAAAAUAAUAUAAUUUUUGCAGCAUAAAGUUGAAAUAUUAGUGAAAAAAUUCUAUAUAUUUUUUUAAAGUCAUAAUAUUAUGAGAGAGAAACAAAACACUGAAUAAAGUUGUAAUUUUUGGAACACUAGGUUGCAGAAAAAGUUAUAAUGUUAAUGUGUAAUGUGCGGCUGCUGACGCACGCCUCGCUCCUCCGCCUCCGCCCAUUUCCACAUAACUCAAUGUUGACAUUCUCCUACGAUUUCGUAUCCAUGUUUGCAAUAAAACCCUUUCAGUCGCUCGUAAAUUGCUAUUGCCAUGUUCAUUCGCGACAGACGAAGCUAACGAGCUACCGGCAUAGAACAGUGAUUUCCAAGUGCGGUCCGGGGGCCAUUUGGGGGCCCACAGCACAUUCUAAAAAUAUCACUUAACAAGAAAACUAAAAAAAAAAAAAAAAAAAAAAAGCAACAACAGCAAAAAUGGAAAAAUCAGUAGUAAAAAGAAUUAAAUCAAAAUAUUAGGAGAAAAAAGCUGGAAUCUCAAGACAAAAAGUCAUAAUUUUUGCAAGAAUAAUGUUGUAACAUAAAAAUAACAAUUUUAGUAGCAUAAAGUUGCAAUAUUAAAGAAAAAAAAUGUUAUUUUUAAAGUAUUAUGAGACACAAACAAAACAACCAAUAAAGUUGUAAUUUUUGGAAAAUUGGAUUGCGGUAAAAAAGAAAGUUGAAAUAAUUGGAAAUUAAAAAAAAAAACAAACAAACAGGAGAAAUGCAAAAUACAGCUGAAGAAUUAUCCAUCCAUUAUGGGGAACAAUAAUAUUUUAGUAGCAAAGAAAUGAAAUAUGAAAGAAAAAUACCAAAUUUUUUUAAAAGUCAUAAUAUUAUGAGAAACAAACAAAACAAAAUAACUUCAUUUUUGGAAAAUGACUUAGGGGAAACAUUAGAAUAUUAUGGGAAUGAAGUCACAAUAUUUUGCAAAGAAAAUUGAUUAUUUAAGAAGAAUGUUGAAAGAUUUGGAAAAUGAAAGUGAAUUUGGUGGAAACGCAGUGUCAAAUGAAACUUUUAUGCCAUUGGACCGUGUCCCAUUUCACCGCCCUACUAAGUCAUUCUUUCCCAAUUAGCCUUCAGUGAAUUAUGAAUCCGCCCCCACUGAUCACCUUCAUGGCCCAAAGUGCUUUCCUCUGCACACGCACUGCCACAGAAGAUGUGGAGAUGCCUUUUGUGGCACAAGUUGAUCUAUAGCAGACAUCACAUGAUGCAUGGACCCUUUAUGUGCUUACGCUACUGCUGCUAGGUGACACGUUUCUAUGGCAACUGCCAGCUGUGAGCACAGGUAUGCCUUUCACACCGUAUGGCACCGUGGAUGCAUCGUCCUUGCAUGUGUGACAGCAAUGGAAGUGGUUUAAGAUGUGCAAGCAAUCCACCCUGUUUUUUCCGUUUAAACAAGGCUGAUUAAGCAUAAUACAAAAGGCAUCAAAGAUGGCUUUUUGGCCUGCCAAGACAAAUAAACAACCCCUGUUGUGGUCGUUAAGGUCACCUGACACGCUGCCAUCGGGCUUUGGUGGUAAAGCAUCACAGCAGCAAUGCUUCGUUCUCUGCGGAAGAUACUUGAGUUCUUAAUACAAAGAAAAGGACGGUGCACUGAUCUGAAACUAGUCUGAAAAUGUUCCGUGACUGGAAGUUAACACCAGCUCGUCCCGGAAAGGGGAGUGCGACCUCUGGGAAUUGAACACGCCAUGCAGGGCCAUGUAAACACCACGUCCACGGGGGACUGCCCUCCAUCAUCAACCAGUCAACCUCGUCCGUCCACUGUCCACAUCUCACCAGGAGGAUGUUGUCCAAAAAGUGGUGAGUCGCUCACAGAAAAUGACGCUGACAUUGGGGAUAUUGUGUAUUUUUUUUCCCCAUUGCCAUUUAUUCAUUUUUUUUACUUGGUGAGCAGCAUAAAAUUGACUUGAAACUUGAAAUAUGGGUAGUAACGUCUCGUAAUUUGAUUCCUUCACUUCAAGGGAAUCGCUUCAUAGCUUACGAGAUAACUAAUUACAUUCUAUUAGCUGUGAGAUUUGUUUUGUUGCUGGCGUUCAAUAUGAUAAAUGCUAAAUAACCGCCAGGGUCUCUAAUUAACACCGGUUUAAAAAACAUUGGCAUUAACAGUUGUGGCUGUAGGCAACCUCCUGAUGUGUGUUUUUUUUUAUUACGAUAGCAGUAGCUGCAUUUGUAGCGUCACAAACGCUCUGCAUGCGCUUUAAAAUGUUGCCACUCAGCCCCAGCUGUCGGUGUGAAAGUUAUGCGAGCUACACUUGUUGUACUGUUGUUGGCAAUCUACUCAUCAGUGCUGUUUAUGCUGACUUAGCAGUUUGCUCCUUACCGCUAUUCCAACAUUGUUCUGUUGCUGCUUUGUUGUGCAAUACAGUAUACUUACAUGUACAUAAAUGACCAUGUGGUCAAAGAGAGACAAGAUUUUCCUUUCCAUUUUCUCACGAGGAGGUAAAGGAGGUGUGUAUGUACUGCAUCUCUUUGCAGGAAAGAAACACCCCAUCUGACUGUGGGAGGCGGCGCUCAGUGGCUCUGUGCUUGACAAUGCAACCUAAGCCAGAGUAGUCGAUCGCAGAUACACUGAGCUUUCAGCACAGAGCGCCGUCAGAAGUUGAUUAACUAAAUAUGAAACUGCGUAUUGUACGAUACAGGGGUCACGUUUCAGUACGUGCAUGUAUUGGACGGUUCGGUACAGAUACACGUAUUGUUGCACCCCUAGUAAAUUGCCAUUGUUCAUUUGCGACAUAAGAAGCUAACUAGCUACGUGCAUAGAACAUUGGUGUCCAAAGAGCGGUCCAGGAGUCCAUUUGGGGCCUGCGGUUAUUUUUUUAUUUGCCCGCAGCACAUUCUAAAAAUAUCAUUAAACAAGAAAACUAAAGAAAUAAAAAAUAACAGCAAAAAUUGAAAGAUUUGUAGUCAUUUUACAAGAAUAAAAUCCAAAUAUGAAGACAAAAAAGAUGGAAAAAAAUGUUGUAAUAUAAAAAUAACAAAAUUUUUGUAGCAUAAAAUUGAAAUAUUAAAGAAAAAAAAGAGUUUGUUUGUUUUUGAAGUUGUAAUAUUGUGAGAGACAAACAAAACAACAAAUUAAGUUGUACAUUUUGGAAAAUUAAGUUGCAGGAAUAAGUUACAAUGUUAAGAGAAUAAAGUGAAAAUAUUCUAGGAAUAAAGUCAUAAUUACUAGAAGAAAAUAUGCCAGAAGAAAGUUGGAAAAUUGAAAAAAAAAACUGUAGAAAUGGAAAGAACAGCUGAGAUUAUUAUGAGGGAAAAUAAUGUUUUAGUAGCAUUGAGUUGAAAUAUUAAAAAGUUAAUAUUUUUAAAAGUCAUAACAUUAUGGGAAACAAACAAAACAAAAUAACGUCAUUUUUGGAAAAUUAGUUGGGGGAAAAGUUUGAAUAUUAUGGGAACAAAGUCCAAAUAUUAUGGGAAUAAAGUUACAAUAUUGAAAGGAAAAAUGAAUGUUGAAUAUUUGGAAAAAAAACCCAUCAAAAAUGGGGAAAAAAAAGAGAAAAGAGAGCUGUUGAUAUUAAUAAUAGGCUUUUUCACCUACAUACAGGAUAUAUGCUUUCACCUAAAUACAGUAUAUGUAACUUCUUAGCAUAUCUACACGUGUUGCGAAACAAAAUAUAAAAAUGGCAGAGUUGCAGCCUGUCGUUUUUCAAUAUGUGGCCCUCGCUGGAAAACGUUUGGACACCGCUGGCGUUGAAGCACAAUCCAGGUUUAAGCCCUAAUUACGCCUCACACACUUAUUAGGCACAUUUUAAAGUGUUAAAUGUAUACAGUAGGUACUCACCACUAACAAAUGAUAACGAAAGAUGAUCGAUAGGAAUCACAAUCAGAGUCACAGUGUAGCCUUUAGCCCGGAUGUCCGACUAGCACUACAACCCUCACUUUAUUCUCACCUGUUUAGUGAAUUACAUCAAAAGUACAUUAUCAUGAACAACAGCUGGAUGCCUGAAGGGGUACAUUGUGGUCCAUGACUUUCUUCUGGUUUACUAUAACAAUUAUUUCAUACAACUUGUUACAGUAUGUUGUCCUAAUUACUUCUUGCUUUUCGGGAAGGAAGAAGCAUGACUUAAAUAGUGCAAAUGUAAUCCGUGUGUCUGUGUAGCCACAGCUUACGCAUUUUAUUGCAGCCAUUCCCCUGCAGAACCUGUCUAUCUUUUGUCAGGAAAGCCGGAAGGAGCAUCAUCGUGAAGGCGUCCCAAUCAAAGGGUGACACGCCGGGAAGGGUGGCGUGCGUCUCUCCCCUGUUGGCCUCCUCCAGAGGAAGCACGGCAAGAGAAAUGAACUGAGUCGGUCCACAUGAUGAGAUGAGGCGACAAAGCGAGGAAGUGAUGUGACGAGCAUAGACCAAAUGAAUGAAGAAAUGUAGGUUAGGUGCUCUCUGCCGGAGUCGCAGCCAUUCAUGUUGUUGGACUUUUGCUGUCGUUGUUGUGGAUUUACGCUCAUAAAACGCCAUGGACCGGUGUCGCUUAAAACCACACCCAGCGACACCUGGGUCGUCCUGCAGAAUCUGCUGAUGUGCAUGGUCUGCUUCUACUCCCUCUACUACACGGUGGUCAGCCUCUGCAUCGGCCUGCUCAGGGUUCACGAGAUCAACAGCCUUUUGGCGCCGUUUGACUACACAAUGCAACCGUCAUGGCAGAAUCCCAAAUACCUGGUGGGCGUCAUCUCCACGGAGGUCACCUAUGUGUUGGGUGGGCUGGUGUUCGCCUGGAUAGUGGAGGAGUGGGUGUGGGACUACGCCAUCACUGUCACCCUGCUGCACGUGGCCAUGACUGUAGCUGUGAUGUCAGAUUUCCCGUCGACGGAGCACUGGUGGAUCGCACUGGGCUCAGGCCUGGUGAUGAUGAUAUUCGGAGGACAGCUACUGGCCUACAAACUCUUCAGGAGCAACUUUGUCUAUCCGGCUGAGCUGCAGAACUUCUGAUGAUGACGACGACGACUUGCUUAAAUGUGGAAUAGUACCCCCUCUUGUACAAAUAACCCGAUAUUUUAUUACAUACAUUUCUAUAUUUUAUUAUUCUGUACAGAUCCGUUGUUUUUGUAUUGUUUAACUACAUGCUUUAGUAGGGUAUGACAGUAUACGCCUACAACAUGUAGGUGUGUGUUAUAUGAGGAUUGACCAUUUGUACACACAAAUGUUUUGGGAUAUUUGUUCUAUAGAUGCGGAAGGUCCAUCCUCACUGUGCUGUGUACGUUAGUUUGGUGUGCAUUAAAUACCAACUGCAAUGA